GUUUUCUAUUUCCAAUAUCUCCUCCUUAGACAUCCAAUCCAAUACAGCCAUUAGAUCGAAUUCAGUUUGGAUUCGGUCUGAUGGUUUUGGAGCUCUAAUAAGUCUAAGUAUUUGAUCAGUUAUCAAGAUGGACAAGGUGAUGAGGUUGGCCUCAGAAAAGGGUGUGGUGGUUUUCACCAAGAGCUCUUGUUGCCUUUGCUAUGCAGUCAACAUUCUAUUCCAAGAACUUGGAGUGACCCCUGUGGUUCAUGAGAUUGACAAAGACCUUGAAGGCAAGGAAAUGGAGAAAGCUCUAACUAGGUUGGGUUGUAACCCACCAGUCCCCGCAGUAUUCAUAGGAGGAAAGUUGGUGGGGUCCACCAAUGAAGUCAUGUCCCUCCACCUCAGUGGUUCAUUGACUCCACUUCUGAAACCAUAUCGAGCUUUAUCUUAAAGAGAUGCAAACAUGUUCCUCCUACAUUAUUGGAAAAAUAAACAGCUGGCUUGAAUGAAUAGUGUAGUAAUUAAACAUAAUAUUGCAUAGUCUAUGCAAUGAU